CGCGGCGGGCCACAGGCCGCCCACGCCCAAAAGGUUUGCAGAAUGAGCAACGGGACCGCAGAGAAGAAGGACCCGUAUCUGCGGGUGCUCGUGACGGGCGGCGCCGGGUUCCUGGGCUCGCACCUGUGCCGCCGGCUCGUCGCUCAGGGCCACGAGGUCGUCUGCCUCGACAACUUCUUCACCUCGCAAAAGACAAACGUGGCCGACCUGAUCGGCAAGCCGAACUUUGAGCUCAUCCGACACGACGUGACCACGCCCUUCUUCAUCGAGUGCGACCAGAUCUACAACAUGGCCUGCCCCGCCUCGCCGGUGCACUACCAGUACAACCCCGUCAAGACGAUGAAGACGUCGGUGCUCGGCGCCAUGAACAUGCUCGGCCUCGCCAAGCGAGUCAAGGCUCGCCUCCUCCAGGCGUCGACCUCGGAGGUGUACGGAGACCCCGAGGUGUCGCCGCAGCCGGAGGAGUACUGGGGAAAGGUCAACUGCAACGGCGUGCGCUCGUGCUACGACGAGGGCAAGCGCGCGGCCGAGACGCUCUGCUUCGACUACCACCGGCAGAACGGCGUCGACAUCCGCGUCGCGCGCAUCUUCAACACCUACGGGCCCGGGAUGCACCCGUACGACGGCCGCGUCGUCUCAAACUUCAUAAUGCAGGCCAUCAACGGGGAGGACAUCACCGUGUACGGCGAGGGGAAGCAGACGCGCUCCUUCUGCUUUGUCGACGACCUCGUCGACGGGCUGAUGAAGCUGAUGAACCAGACCAGCACCAUCGGCCCAGUCAACAUCGGCAACCCGGGCGAGUUCACGAUCAAGCAGCUGGCCGAGCUCGCGAUCAAGCACACCGGCUCCAGCUCGAAGAUCGUGCACCUCCCGCUCCCCGGAGACGACCCGCAGCAGCGAAAGCCCGACAUUACCAAGGCGCGCGAGAUCCUCGGCUGGGAGCCAAAGAUCAAGUUGGAAGAUGGGCUGCCAAAGGCGGUCGCAUACUUCUCCUCGCUCGACCUAUCCCGCUUCCGCAAGCCGACAAAGCACACCGCGCACCUCAACACGGACGCACAGGCGGCCGACGCAUCGCGCGCCUCCAAGGCCUAGGCCCGCGCCCCGUCUCUCGGCCCCCUUCGGCCGGCGCCGGGAUGAGCCCUUUGUGGCUAGCUGCCUGGCCGUUGCCUGGCCGCGCUCGCAGCUCCUUCCCGCGGCUCUGGCUGGCGCGGCGGAGGGGUGGGGAGCGGGUCGAGGGAGCGGGACGCGUCGGUCGUCGCGCGGCUUGGAACGCGCGGGCCCGGGCGUUUCGACUGAACUCUGAACGCGUGUCUCUCCACCGCCGAUGCGAGCGUGCGGUGUGUACCUCUAUCUGUGUGUGGAUGUGUGCGCAUACCCGGGUUGUGCUGUGGCGUGGGGCGUGGCGCGCACACCGCGCACAUGCGCGCGCGGGCGGAGAGAGAGACGAGCCUCUUUCACGAGUAACUUUCAUCUUGUGGGAGACCGUUCAUACCUUCUCACUC